CUAAGCCAGACCUGAUCACCUGUCUGGAGCAAGGAAAAAAACCUUUCACUGUGAAGAGACAUGAGAUGAUUGCCAAACCCCCAGCGCCGCGCGGUGAGGUUCUCUAGUCCACGCUCGCAGCCAUGCCGUCCAAGGGCCCGCUGCAAUCGGUGCAAGUCUUCGGACGCAAGAAGACAGCCACAGCUGUGGCGCACUGCAAACACGGCAAUGGUCUCAUCAAGGUGAACGGGCAGCCCCUGGAGAUGAUUGAGCCGCGCAUUCUACCAUACGAGCUGCUGGAGCCAGUUCUGCUUCUUGGCAAGGAGCGAUUUGCUGGUGUGGACAUCAGUGUCCGUGUGAAGGGUGGUGGUCAUGUGGCCCAGAUUUAUGCUAUCCGUCAGUUCAUCUCCAGAGCCCUGGUGGCCUAUUACCAGAAAUAUGUGGAUGAGGCUUCCAAGAAGGAGAUCAAAGACAUCCUCAUCCAGUAUGAUCGGACCCUGCUGGUAGCUGAUCCCCGUCACUGGGAGUCCAAAAAGUUUGGAGGCCCUGGUGCCCGUGCUCGCUACCAGAAAUCCUACCGAUAAGCCCAUCAUGACUAUCAAAAUUCACCUGUAUAAUAAACAGUUUUUGAGGGAUUUUAAA